AUGGAGUGGAGGCGGGGAAGAAGAGGGAGGAGCAAUCAGACAUUCCUGCCGCUGCGCACCACCGCGCCCACGCACUUCUCCAACACCGUUUCUUGCUGGUAUUGCGAUUUGAAAUUUUUGGCCCUCAAUGAACCUCUGUUUCGUUUCGGUCGCCGGCACUCAAGGUAUUUGAGAGCCUGGUUCACGAUGGGAAUCGGUUUUAGUCUGGCAGUUCUUGUCGGAGUUACAGCGAUUCUUCUCUGGGAAUUGGCUCGAGCUCUACUUGCUUACACAGGGAAUGCAAAGCUUGGAAAUACUUCAUUCAGCCUUUCCCCUUUGAUUUCAGGACUGAACAUUUCACUCCCCAGUAUUGGAUACAUCUGUAUAUCUUCUGUCAUAUCUGUAUUCAUCCAUGAGCUCGGUCAUGCUCUUUCUGCUGCAAGUGAGGGCGUACAUAUGGAGUAUGUUGCUGUCUUUUUGGCUGUUUCUUUCCCAGGAGCUCUGGUGGCUUUCAAUCAUGCUUCUUUGGAAGCAUUACCUGGGGUGGCUACCCUUCGUAUAUACUGUGCUGGAAUUUGGCAUAAUGCAGUAUUCUGUGCAGUUUGCACCUUGGCUUUGUUCCUUCUUCCCUUCAUCUUCAGUCCAUUCUACAUACAUGGUGAAAGUCCCAUGGUUUUGGAUGUGCCUCCCAUGUCACCAUUAUCUAGUUAUUUGUCUCCUCGUGAUAUAAUUUAUUCACUGGAUGGCGUCCGCAUGCAUACUGCUCAAGAGUGGAUGGAAAUGAUUACUUUGCUGAGUAAGCAGAACAUCAAAGACUUGGACAGUUCUGGUGAAUUUAGAGGAAAAAGCAGAAUAGGGAACUUAUUGCAUUUGCAUCUAUGUCCUGUUUGGAUCCAACUUAAGAGAUGUGGUUAUGGUUCGGAAAAGGCUACAAGACGUAGUAAUCGCUGCCUGUGUUCAGAGGCUGAAUCUUGCUUCUCUCCAGUGGAGCCUCCAGGUCUGGCAUGGGUUGAGAUUACUUAUUCAAGGCCUUCUUCUCCAGAAUGCCAGAAUCAUCAAAGAAGUAUAUUACCAGACAAUAAGAAUCCUAAUAUUAGAGAAAGAAGAUGCCUUCGGUCUCUUGUUUUUAUUGGUGAUGUGAUCUCCAUGGCACGUUCAGUCCAUUUGACUUCAUAUCAACCUCGCUGGUCAAUUGAUUUUGCAGCAGAUCUUCCAAAUCUAAUAGAAAAACUUUUGACAUGUGCUUUCCAUGUGUCUAUGAUACUAGCUCUUCUAAACAGUCUGCCGGUGUUUUUUCUUGAUGGAGAAUCCAUCUUAGAGGGUACCCUACACCACUUGAAUUUUUUGAGCCAAAGGAAGAAGGGUCCUAUUCUUCAAUGUUGCCUGCUUGUAGGCACUGUUAUUUCCAUCGCUUUUGUCUUGCGGAUACUCUUAGUCAUGUUGUUACUCUCAGAAGUUCACAAUCGAUAA